UAAAUAUAUUGUAUCAGAGGGCGCCAUUAGUUCGAGUAUUCACUUGUACUUACAUAUGUGUAUGUUUCGUCUGCGUAAAUAUUUUGCUGUAAACUCCAGAAUAAUAUUGUGGUUAUUUGAAUUUUUCAUGAAAUUUAUGUGGUAUUUGUAGUUACAGAAGCGACAUAUGGAGGAAAAUAAAACUAUAGUACAUGAUCUUAAUAAAUUGGAAGUUAAGGAUGUUUGGAAAGAUUUUUAUUGUCCAAAAUAUGUUACCCACCUUUGUCCUAAAACUGACAAAUUAUCAAAAGAAAUAUUAGAUUUCUACGAACAAUUAAAACUGGACACUAAUCAUAUUCUACAAAAAUUGGACAAACUCAUAUCUGAUCCUAUAACAAGUGAUAGCAUAGUUCGCAUUUGCAGACUUUUAUAUGAUUAUCUUGAUAAAGUAGGAGAUGAUGGUUAUAAAGUUAAAGAUUUACCAUUGGUAAUAAAAGUAUUAAAGUUUUUGGGUGAAAAUGUUAAAAUGGUUAAAGAAUAUGAGCUACAUCUUGAUAGAAUGUUAGAGCUUUGUAAUGUACCACCCAUAUUAGAAAAGCCAUCUGAAAGUGUAAUUCAUAUUAAUAUAAUGGAACAAUAUUUUACAUUGCUAGGACAUCUUCUUGUAGUCUUACCUACAAAGCAGCAAACAUUAAAAAUUCAUAGGGCUCUUGAUUCUUUGUUAUUAAAAGAACAAAUAAGAAAUGUCCCUACAAUAAAAGUUGAACAUUGUCGUAAAGCUAUGGAAAAUUCAAGGUUACCAUUAACUGUGACUGAACUGUUACAAGCUUCUUUUCUAAAAAUGUAUCCAAAAAUUUUAGAACUAGUUUUCUUACUUUCAUCUAUCUCUCAUAAAUGUUGUUACAGAAUGCUGGAAGCUAAUAUACUCGAUGUUAUGUUUAUAAGAAUGGAUCUUCCUUAUGCAAUUCAAUUACAAUGUACACGGCCUCCUGACUUAUUGUUAGAUGGGGAAGAAUAUAGUGAUGAAACAACUCUUUUGAUAAUGAAUACUCUGUGGAGCUUGAUGAAAUUUAUUAUUUUUUCUGAUAAUAUGCCAAGAAAUUUAAAGGAAAAUUUGAAACCAACUCAUUGUGUUUUAUGGGGCCUAUGUUAUGCUUUCAAGCGACAGAUAUGUUAUAGCCAAUAUAGAAAGUUUAGUGUCAAAAUUAGAAAUGAAAUUGCUAUGAUCAUUCUUAUAAUUUCAAUUACCUUACCUUCUUGGAACCUUGUUAGUAGUGGUAUAGCUGAUGCUGUUAUUAAAUAUUUAAUUGGAAUUGAAUUUGGGUCUACUACAAUAUUUUCAAAAGUGAUAAAAUUUGGUAGAACUACUGAUGAUUUGCACUUUGAAAAAACUUUAUUAUUAAUUGUUACACAUUUAGCAGAAGUUGAUGCUUGUAUUUUUGUAAUUACUUUCUCUCUUUCUCUCUUUUUUUAAUUAUAUUGAGGGAACAAAAGUUACUUGGAACACAUCUCAAUUUUGGGAUUUAUGGACUCACGCUGUAAAUGCUUUAUCUAUAUUGGCACCAAAAAUGCCAGAACAAUUCAUAGAAUAUGGUGGUGGUAUUA